AUCAAACUCAUGCUGUGUAGAAGUCAAAUUGUUUUCGAACUAAACAUAAUCCGGAAACAAGACGUGUUCUGCGUAGUUAAAAGUUAGAUUUGUAUUUGUAUAUAUUUAUUUUAGCAAAUAAUUUAGGUAAACUAUGGAAAACAGAAUAGUGCAUCUAGAUCCGAGGCUUUUGAAGGUCGCGCCGAAGAAGACUGCGUCAGAUGCGGAACAGAUAUCGAAGCUGCGUCCCUCCCAGUCCCCGAUCGCGAUAUCACUGCAGCGCUGCCCCACGUGGUCUUCUCUGGACCGGCUGCAGUUCAAGGGCUACUGGGACAAUCAGGUCAACGGGAUCCUGCUCAAUAAUGGACAAACUGCAUACUUCACAUUCGAGUCUGACACUAAACCGACCCUGAGGGGCGGCCCCCUCAUCGGGGAGUACAUAUUUGAGCAGAUGCACUUCCACUGGUCUGUGGACGACUUCACGGGGUGCGAACACGUAUUGGAUGGUCACGGUUAUGCAGCGGAAUGUCAUUUCGUCCACUACAACAGUAAAUACAACAGUCUAGAAGAAGCGGUGACCCAUCCAGAUGGCCUGGCGGUAGUAGGGUUCCUGCUGGAAGCUGUGAACGCACCUAACCCCAUGUUUGACAAGCUCAUCGAAGGUUUAGAAGGGAUCAAGAACAUGCAGCAGGCUGUUAUUGUGCCUUCAGCGUCGUUAUCAUGGAUGGACUCUUCAGAUCUACAAGAGAGUAACUACGUAACAUACAAGGGAUCGCUCACCACACCUCCCUACACGGAGUGUGUCACUUGGAUAAUUUACGAGAAACCGGUCCAGAUUGGUUCAGAACAGUUGGGCCUGCUGAGAGAGCUUCAGGGUCCCGACCAGAAGCCGAUCGAGAGGAACGUGAGGCCGACCCAGCGACAUCCCCCGGGACACUCCGUCAUCUACGUGAAACAAGUCAAAGCCAAACUAUGACGAUUUUUAGCAAUAUAUUUGUAUAAACCACUUUUGUGUCUUUUCUUUCGACAUUUGUAUUCCAAUUAGAUUUUUGACUAGC